AAAUGGCAGACUUUUUGAAGCCCAAGAAAAGUGUAAAGAAGACUAAGAAGUUGGAUUUGAAGAGAAAUCUGAGGGGUAGGAAGGUUUCGCAGGCUUUAGGACCUGAGAAGCUGAAUAUAAAACCUCAUAUGCUGAUUUUAGAGAAAUUUAAGAAUCAAUUUUGUGUUAAAAAUACUAAGUAUAUUGAAAAGUUGUGGGAGAGGGAAGCAAUUGGAGACCAUCAGAAGUUAAGUACUCUAGAUCUUCAGAUCCCUGAAGCUAAAAUUCUACCUGAGUUGCAUGACAAACUCAUGUCAUGAGACUUACCUGAUAAUAUAAGCAAGAUGAAAUUGCUUGGAAAAAUUAAUGCUGAGGGUACUCCUCAGAUAAUCUUUAAGGACAUCAUUGGCUCAGAGGCUUAUAAAUAAGCAAAUCUUAAAAGAACCUUCAAGACUUGAAGAAGACGCUUACAGAUUUGGCUUCGAAGAUAUUGAAGGUAUGGAAACCUCUAGAAGAAUCAAUAGACAUAAUAGAAUGACAAGGAAAGAGCUUUUAGAAGUAUGUGUAGAUCAUGCCAAGAAAAUUCCAAUAAUUUUACAAAACAAGGACACUGAAGAAGAAAAGAGGUUAUUUACAGAAAGUGAUUUGGCUCUCCAAGAGGAAACAGAAUUGAUAAUGUUCUCAAAAUUUUUCAAAAUCUUUCCUAUUAUUAAGAGAAAAGAUUGCGGAUUAGACAUAAGGUAUACCUACUUAAUUCCAAACAUUGAAUUUAUAUUUUGCCCAAUAAAAUCUCUACCUUUUGGAUCCUCCAAAGCUUUGGGGUGCCUUGAAGGCAAAGCAAGUCCAGAAUACUCCAUCAAUUUUAAGGACUGAAGAGAAAGAUCUGGAUUUUUGAGUAUUGAUGGUAAGAAUAAGCUGAUUCCGUACACUACUUCAGAGAUUAAGAACAAGCCGAUCUCCGGGCUCUGGAUUUAUAAUGACACUCUAAAAUUUGAAAAGAAGAGUAAAGUUAGCCCUAAUAAGCUAGUUCAGAAAACAUGCUUAAAUUGGCAGGUCUGGUCUCACUGACUCCGAUUUAUUUACAGUCUUAAGAAGAUCAGAAACAAUAUUGAAACAGCCUCAAAGAGCGGAACUUCAUUACUUCUUUGCAUUUUCUUUAAGCAUCUUGCCAAGCCUCUACUUUGAGAGUUCAGAAUCAAUGAAGUUUCCAAUACUGUUAAGAAAAGGAGAAAUUCAACAAAGCUAGAGAACCAGCUCAGAAACUUGAAAAACAGAUGGAUUGUGUAUACCUUUGAUGACAAUAGUUUCCCUGGAGGCUAUCCGACUAAUAGAAUGAACAAUAUUACAUCCUCGAUAACCUUCUCUGCUUACUGUAAAUACGUUCUAAAGCAUAAUGCUAGAAAAUAGGAAUUUUGAGAGCAUGAAGAGAGCAGUCUCGUGUAGUUAUACUCAUGAUAAUUCUGAAAAUAUCCAUCCUAAUCGUUUAAGUACCUCGAGUAGUUACAUAAACCAAUCUCAUGAUGCAGGUCGAAAUAAUAUUCUAGGAAUUUCGUACUCAUACAGUAAUCGAGAGAAUUCAACUCUUCAAGAGAAUGAUACAUCAUGGUAUAGUUGAAAUAGGCCUCCGAGUUCAGUUAGUAUAAGUCAAAGAAAGGUAUCUCAGACACCAAGUUUGAACCCUCCUCCAAAAGCAUCAAGCUCCCAAAAAGAAGACCUAAAGAUUAAUUCCAAUCUCUACAGGCCGCUUUCAAAUGCUCCGAUAGGUUUCACUAGCUAUAAGCCUUGUAAACCAUCAAGCUCGAUGGGUAACCAUAAGAGGUGCUUUAACUCUCUUUCCACUAUUAUUAAAGAUGAGACUAUUCCUCAAGAGGACAUAUCAACUAUCCAUCCGCUAGAAAACAGCAAUGCUGUCAGCCCAAUGAAGGGUGACGAAGAAGGGGCUCGAAUAAGCUUCAUGCAGAGCCUCCAGGCUCGGAUUUGAGACCUUGAAAGACUAGUUGAAGAGAAAUAAAAGCGUCAUUAAUCAACAAAAACAGACCAUAGUUAAUAUGAAAAACUCUUUAAACAAGCAAACUCAAAGUAAGGGGGUUCAGGUUCAAGACUGAGAUUUUGGCGUUUCCCAAAACAUGACACUCAAUGAUUACUACAUUAGUAAUUCUACACAACAAAGAGAGAAAGGAAUAAAGACAGAAAUUUGAAACAUGAAAGGUCCUGAAUACUAUGAAAAGGAAACAAGCAAGUUGAAGGGUGACUCAAGUUUUCAUAUUAUUCCUUCUCAGGAAUAUGACACCCCACUUUGAAAUAUGAGUAAAAUGGAUAAGCUGUUCGGUAAGACUUUGAAACACUUUUCUAUUGAAAGAAAUUUAAAAGAAAGAAGUGCCUCCCAUACCAAGAGUGAAAAGAAUAUGGCAUCAACUAGUGUUAAGAGCAAUCUCUCUAGAAAGGGGAUUAAGAUUGAUAUGAAGAAGUUAAACCUGAAAAUUCUCCCUGGGAAUUUCUUAUUGAACAAAGAGAAGUCCUUCAACUUAAGCACAAAAGAUUUAAAGAGCACAGGGAGAACAAAGAAAAAGGGAGACUAUGAAUCUGAUUCAGAACUGAACAGCAAUAGAUUCAACCAAUCGAAGAGCAUCGGAAUUCAGGAUUCCUCUUAUGUAUCUCAAUUUAGGAUGAAGAUGCCAGUUAUGGAUAACGAUUAUCAGAGUAAGAAAUUAGGUGAUCCAUCCGAGCCUAAAUCUUCCUCAAGACAUUAUAAAGACUGGAGUAGGACAAUUCCUGAGUUUGGAAUAAAUUCUGAUUCCGAGUUAGACACAGAGCAUUAAUGUAUAAUCAAUUUACUCUC